GAUGUCAUGAAAUGUUCGCAUGAAUCUCAUAUUAUUCGUUUCAUUCCAGUCCGCUAAAAUUUUUGUUGAUUUUCCAAAAAUCGUUGUAGAUAUUAUGAAUGUACCUUAUAAAUAUGUUAAAAUUUUACCGAUCGAGCCGAAUAUUUCAAGAAGGUGCGGCGUUUGCGAUGAACUUCUAGUGAUACCGCCGAUCUAUUCGUGCAAAUCAGUGUCCUUCAUUUGCGGGCCAUGUUUCGAAGGCUACAGAUAUUACCUAGACGACGACGACCUGAGGGCAAACGACCGUCCGAUCCGUCAAAUACUUUACGAGAACUUUGCGUCCAGGGUGAGCUUUCCCUGUUCCUAUUACCCCCAUUGCAGGGGGGAAAUGUCCUUCGAUUACGGCGCCAAGCUGCAUUACAAGGAAUACUGCUUCGCUAAGGUGCUAUGGAUCUUCAAAUGUCCAAUAUCGAGGGCGAAUCGUUGGUUCUUGCGACCUGACCAAGACUACUGCUUCUGGAGGUACAAACGUAACAACUUAUUAGAGGAUGAGAACGAGAAGUUGUCGAAACACCUGAGACACCUUCACGGUGAAUAUGUAUUAGAAAGACCGUAUAUACUGCAACUUAGGGACUUGAAGAAUUACGCCCAACCGCGACGAAUCUUCCUGUUGCUUCUAGAAGAAAACGAUCUGAUAGCUGCCCUCCUGACGGAGAUCACAAUGGCAGACAUCAUCUUCCGGUGUAGAGUGAACGAUUCCGUGGAUAAAACCACGGCCACCAACGAUCCUUAUGAAUGUUGUAUAAGUCUAGUACCGCCUAACGAGAGAUUCAGUUCACUGGUCGAUGUUAAAUUCGAAUGCAUCCCAUUCGAUAGCAACGAUGUUGAGUAUCCGUGGCAAUCUCUCAGAUUACCAUUACGCCAUUUGAUAGAAGAAACAUCGUUCAAGAUUUGCGUGCUUCCUCGUUCGAUCAUGGUGCGCUCCAUACCGUACCUUCAUAGAGAUAGACAGCUGCUCAGCAAUGCAGGUGUCGAGGAUGCAAUGUCGGAAGGCACCCUGACAGCCUCAGAAAACGGUAUGUUGACGUCCGAGGGCACCAUGUCCAUCGCAGACUCGAACAAAACAGAUAUCGAACUCUUUUCAUAUCCCUCGUCGAACUCCGAAGAUCGAUCAGUGGGAUUCACAAGGAACCCUAUCGAACUUUGGGAGAUCGAAGAAUUCGAAGAAAUUCCUCAAGAAUCGCCUACCAAGAACGUCGAAGAAUGUCAAGUGUCUGGGAUUGAUCUACUCGUGGAUGCCAUUUACGUGAGCGAACAUACCGAGGAAACGGAAAAGACGUCUGUCAAUAGGAAUCUAUUCAGCGCUCCGAAUGAUGAUGCACAAUGUUCUUCAUCCGAUCUUCUUAUUCCUCAGCUAUCUCCUUUAACAUCUUCAGCAGAAGUCACGGAGCCUGCUGCUAUAGAUCCAAAUCUCCCAUGGAUCCCAACAACGAUCGCAGAUUUACCACAAUUAAUGGAGUGCGUUUCCCUAGAAGAGCGUGCAUCAGUUAGAAAUGAUCUUUCAAUAAGUACCAGCCCAGCUGCUCAAAACUCAAGUUCCCAAUCUCCCAGAGAACUAGUGAAUACUCCAAAAUACGAAAAUAAAGAAACAUGUAUGAAUAUUUCUCCGGAAUCAAAUAGUGAUUGCGAACGCAAUGAAUUCACUCCAUCCAGUUACGAAGGACCUCAAACUGAACCACAAGAAUACAAAUCGAUGAACGUUAAGAAAAAUCAAGCCCCAAAUAUUGCAGAUGUUCGUGAAUGUAUUCCACCAAGUUUGAAUCAUCCACUUUCGCCUGCUCCGAUUUUAAUCCCAUUAGAACACUCACAGAGGGUAUCCAGGAAUGAUAGCGGUGUUUCAGAAUAUUCUUCAUCAAAAACUUCGAUUCCAGAUGAUCCAACACAACUCAAUUCCUCAGGACAGCCUGAAGGAAGGAUGAAUACCGAUAUGAAAACAGAAAUUCUAUCUGAAAACGAUGCGAUCAAAAAAGUUUCUCAAAACGAGAUCGCAUAUAUCACAUUCGAUGACAAAAGAGAAUUGGAGGAGAUAUUAGCUAAGAUUUCAUUGAGCGAAAAAGUUAAAUCUCCAAUCAAAGUCAAUGAAAACGACUAUUCUAAUGGAUUUCAUGAAAGAUUUUUAUUCGAUAUGAAUGAGGACGAUGAAGAGCUCGAAGAAACUGAUCGGCAUUAUAUACGCGAAACCGAUCUAAUCCCUGCUGUUACUGUUACCGAAAGAGGAUCAAUGGGAAGUAUGUUUGAAUGUAGUGAAAAAAAUUUUGAGAAUUAAAAAAUGCAGUUUGUAUGAAGAAAACACAAUAUAAUAAUUAAUGAAGAAUGAGAAGUGCAGUGCUCUUGAAGUGAUGCAACAGAUGAAAAAAAAAACAAAAAAGUUGGCAAGAAAUGUACUCUGAAUGAAGAUUAUCAUUUUAUAUCAACAAUAAGAUAUAACCAAAGUGUCCACUUGUUGAAAUUCUAGGUACAAUCAUAUUUUCUAAUAAUUUGUUUGUUCGAUUCCUUAUUGUAUUUUAUAUUUAUGUCCUAAUUGAUAGGUUUCUGACCAAUUUAUAAUUCAUAUUUUUAUUAAGAGAAUCUUUUAAUAGUCGAAAUCACUGUAUUUAUUCUUAGACUGAACCUCAGCAAAAAUAAAUAUUCCUCUUUAUUUGUA